AUGGCUGACCCGAAGCCGAAGAGAAGCGUGCCGUUGCCGACGCUGAAUGUUAAGAAGGAUCUAAAGAGUAUGAUGUACACUAGCUCAAAGAAGACUGCUCCAGCUGCUUCAACAACGGCUUCAUCAAGGUUGGCUGUACCUCCAACAACGAAAUCGACCAGCGCUACAAUCCAUACAAGAAUUGGAAAGAACGGAUUGCCGGUAAUAAAGUCAAAUGGCGCGCGCAAGUCUGCUACCCCGAAUCGCAAUCUGUCGCGCACUUCCAGCAGCGAACCAAGGGAGAUAAUACGGAAUGGAAAAGCCUCACGGUCAAGUCGUUCUUCACCUGCAGUCCACAGCCCUCAGUUCGGUCCUGACUCAGAUGAAGAAGACGAUACUGAGCCACGACGCAAGAGAAGAAGAAUGAAUGGUCAUGCAGAGGACAAAAAGCGCAAGAUUCGCGAUGCUGGAUCAUUUUCCAACGACGACCCUAGACCUUACGAUAUUGUCCACGCCCUUGAUAUUGCCAACAAUACUAUUCAAAAGCAUGGUACUUUCCAGUUCGCCGAAUACUUCACCACUCUUGCCAGCAAUGAAGACGAUAGCCCCACUAUUGAGCUUCAGUAUCCGUGUAUUGGCAUGACGGAGAAGUACCAGCUAGUCAAGCCUAACGACAAAACCGACUUCAAACCUCUUGACGAAAUCAGAGAAAACAUGAAGAUAGUUAGGGAGUUCUACUUGGAUACCGACACUGCCGAAAAAAUCGAACCUGAAGGAGGAUUUGGAGGUGGAUUAAUUGAGCAACUUGAUCGCUACGCCCGUGACACGCGACCGGGAGCUCAGACACAUUUUAUGGAGGUCAUCCAAGAAUACAACGAGCUAUUAGCGAUCAAACGGGACGAUGGAACUCUCGUUAGAAAAAUUGAUGAGAUGACUUCACCUCUUCCUCUGAAAUUGGUUAAUCAUAUCAUUAAGGAGCAGGUAUAUUCGAGAACUAUCUCACCCUACAUUGAUACGGUCAGAGAGUACGAAGGAUUCAGCGACAACGUUUAUGGCGAGCUUCUGCCUAAGUUUCUGUCACGGAUAUUCCAGGAAACACAUCUAACAUCAGACCAGAUCUUCGUUGAUUUGGGCUCUGGUGUCGGAAACUGUGUCCUGCAGGCGGCACUGGAGAUUGGAUGUGAAUCGUGGGGCUGCGAAGUUAUGGCAAACCCAGCAAAGCUGGCUCAAGCGGCGGCACAAGAAUUUCCUUCAAGAUGUCGUAUGUGGGGGAUUAAACCUGGGCGCGUGCAAAUCAUACAGGAUGAUUUUCGAACAAAUCAGCAGAUUGGCGAUGUCCUGAAACAAGCUGAUGUUGUUCUGGUGAACAACCAAGCAUUCAAUCCAGAUCUCAAUGACGUACUGAAGCGAAUGUUUCUGGACCUGAAAGAGGGGUGCAAGAUCGUGAGUCUGAAGUACUUCCGGGACCCCAAUCACAAAGUCAAGGAGAGCAACAUCAACGAUUUGGUAAACUGCUUGAGUGUACAAAAGAAGGAGCGCUUUAGUGGGAUGGUCAGCUGGACUGAUGAUCCCGGAAACUGGUACCUACACAUCAAAGAUUCGGCCGAGCUUCUUGCGGUUAGGAAGCGGAUGGAGCGAGGUCAACAGGGUUCUUAG